AUGGCCAUCGAUGCUCUGCCCAUCCACCACAACACCACCGCACCACGUCCUCCUCCACCGCCUCCCACCAACGUCCACCAACACCACCCAUUCUCCUUAUUCACCCAUUUCUACUGGGGUAAAGAUGCCGAAAUACUCUUCUCCGGCUGGCCCGGACACAACUCCGCCAUGUAUGCACUAGCCCUCCUGUUUGUAUUUUUCUCGGCUGUUCUGGUGGAGCUGUUCUCCAACAUCAACGUUGUCAGACCCGGAUCCAAACGCGUCGCCGCGAUUCUUUUCCAGAUGGGGAUUCGAGCAAUUCGGGCAGGGUUCGCGUAUCUGGUGAUGUUGUCCGUGAUUUCUUAUAACGGAGGAAUUUUCAUCGCUGCUGUGGUGGGCCAUGCGGUUGGAUACGUGGCUUUCGGGAGUCCCGUAUCCAUCUUCAGAAAGGGAUCCGCUAAUACUGGGCAUUCUGGUGCGCUAUCAGUUUACGAGAACAAAUCUAUAGGGAAAAAGAAAAAAGAAUAA